GCGUCGACGCUCGAUCGGUGAUCAGUCGUUGCCGCGCGCUCACCGAGUGCACGUUCGGUGUUCCACGUCGUCGAUAUAACUACGCCGUUCCGUUCUCGAACCGCGAGGUUAAAGGACCACCGUCAAGGACAUACAAACAACAAAAACCGAUUUAUUACGAUGACAUCAGUGUCCUACGAUCGUUCGUCGUUUGUGUGAUCCGGAUUGUACUUGUAAGAUCGGUGACCGAGCUAAUCAACGAGUAUAUCGGUCGUGGAAGAUGCCAAGGUGAUCUUGUCGCGAGCCUCGAGGCCCAUUUGUAACUCACGCUGAAAACUCUCUCGAGAGAGGAUCGCGUUGAAACAGUGACACUCUCGGCGUUUCGUGAACGAAUCCUGGCGCGUUGUUCUCGUCGCCGUACAGUGGAAUCGUUGACGAUUGUGCCGCGAUCAUGCACCACACGGCGCCCUGGUAUCUACCCUGGGGCCUGAAGCUGGUGCCACUUCCGAUACCACCUGGACACCCCGCUUCCGGUAUCCCGAAUCCCGGAUUGCAUUUGCUGGCACCGCUGCCAGGCAUCUACGCCCCUGAACCGCGAAAGGUCGAUUUGAAACCCCUCCGGGAGGCGACGAUCGCCGUCCCGACGCCGAAGAUCUCCGAGAAGCGUAAAGCUGAAGAGGCCGAUGCCAGCAAGGACUUGAAAAAGGCGAAAUUGGAAACAAAAGCUUUAAAAGCGAAGAGGCCGGGAUUCACAGAUGAACGGUACAACGAAACGAGCUACUACGUUGAAAAUGGGUUACGGAAGGUUUACCCGUAUUACUUCACGUUCACCACGUUCACGAAGGGCAGAUGGGUGGGCGAGAAGAUACUCGAGGUGUUCGCCAGGGAGUUUCGGGCCCAUCCAGCCGAGGAGUACGAGCGUUGUAUUCGGGCCGGGACGCUGACUGUCAACUAUCAGAAAGUGGACGUUGAUUACAGAUUACGGCACAACGAUCUCCUCGCCAAUGUCGUUCACAGACACGAGGUGCCUGUCACCUCGGAGCCGAUCACGGUGAUACACAUGGACGAGGACGUCGUCGUGGUCAACAAGCCCGCCUCCAUCCCUGUGCACCCAUGUGGACGGUAUCGGCACAACACGGUGGUGUUCAUCCUCGCGAAGGAGUACAACCUGAAGAACUUGAGGACGAUCCACAGGUUGGACAGACUCACCAGCGGCAUUCUCCUGUUCGGUAGAACGCCGAAGAAGGCGAGGCAGAUGGAGCACCAAAUAAGAAACAGACAGGUGCACAAGCAGUACGUUUGCCGUGUGGAGGGCGAGUUCCCUGAGGAAGAGGUGGUCUGCUCGGAGCCGAUCGAAGUAGUAUCCUACAAAAUCGGCGUGUGCAAGGUCUCGGAGAAGGGCAAGGACUGCGUGACGCGUUUCAAGCGUCUCAGCUACAACGGGAAAUCGUCGGUGGUCCUGUGCAAGCCUCAGACUGGGAGAAUGCACCAGAUCCGCGUCCACCUCCAGUACUUGGGUUACCCGGUGGUGAACGAUCCUCUUUAUAAUCACGUGGUGUUCGGACCGGAGAAGGGCAAGGGUGGGAACAUCGGUAAAACGGAUCAGGAGCUGGUGCGGGAUCUGAUCAGCAUCCACAACGCGGAGAACUGGUUGGGUAUGGACGGGGACUCGGAGAUGAGUUUGUUCAAACCGAAAUUGGAUAUAGAAGAGCGCGUGCUGAGCAAUGAUAAAGAAUCCUCGCCCUCUUCGACGCCGGGCCUCGGAGAGGAAGAACAGCAGCAGCAACAGCCUCAGCAGCAGCAACCGCAGCAGCAGCAACAACAGCAGCAGGAACAGUCGUUGAAAGUGACGGUGGGCACGCAGACAGGCUCAGAACCGCCUGAUUCUAGUUUUACCAACGAUAAAAUGACCGUUGACCCGCACUGCUACGAGUGCAAAGUGAAGUAUAGAGACCCGAAACCAUCCGACCUGGUCAUGUACCUUCACGCAUGGCGUUACUGCGGCCCGGGCUGGGAAUACGAGACCCCGUUACCCGCCUGGGCUGCCAGCGACUGGACCGAGGAGAAUCGAUAGUUCCAGUCCGGAGCUGGAGCUGCUGUCAUCAUCCUUCGUACCCCUUUUUGAUAUCCUUACCCCGUGCCUUCCACCCGCCAGCGAGCGAUCUUCGACCAUCGUACAUGUACCCAAUCCUGUGACCAGAUCGCUGGACUCGCGAGUAUCGAUUAUUAUUGAGAGACCUUGGCGUUGGUCCUCCGACCACAUGUCGCCUGCUCUGCGCUCGUAUUCGAGGAUCUUCGCCAGCGAUGAUUCAGGGGAAUGAUUCUUCAGGAAUGUGACUGUUCUCCGUAGACGAAGAACGAUUGGUUCGGAAUGAUUUAACGUAUUUAUUAUGAAAAGUAAAUGGUGAAGAAUAAUGUCCGGAUCCGCGCGGUUGGAUGGGAGUGUUCUGAUCUAAGAUACACGGGGUUGACUGGUUCUGAAAACGGGUCGAAAAGUCACUGCCACCGGUGCACGAGAGAAGAUUGAUGCCACUGUCACGCCGUCGGAGCCCGGAUCGAUCGUUAUCGUUCGUGUUCUUGAUUUAUAGUACAGAUUGGUACGAAGAAAGCGGAUUUGUAUUAUAUCCUCUGAAGGCCUCCUGCGACAGAGACGGAGCUGUUUUUCUUCCAAUUAAGAGGAAUCGACUCCUCUUUAUUGAAACUUUCUUCGUUUGUGCUUUGGGCAGAGUGAAAAAUCCCUCGAAGCAAUUAUUACUCGCUUAUUUUUCUAGUGGAAACGACUUACAUAAAAUGAUUUAUGUAACAUUGUAUUGACCUAGGAGAUCUGAGAGUAGUUCAUCCUCGAUAUAGCCUAGCGCAGGCCACAGGUCUGGCGUGAAUUGAAACCGCAAUAGAGACGCGUCUAUUUUUAUGGCCGAUUAUAUAUACCGGAAAACUGAAUAAUGGCGCAGGUCCAGCGGCAGGGGUCUCCAACAAUAAAGCGUGAUCUUGCCAGGAGGAUAUAGCCAACGAUCAUGCCAAAGAGCGCGAGCGCGUGUCCGGCGAGCGAGAGCGAGAGAGAACGUAUGAGAGAGAAUGAUGAAAAAUUAAAUAAAAAUAUUGAAUGGCGAGUGUGCGAGCGAGCGAGCUUCUUUCAAAAAGUCAUAUCGUGUACGUGUACGUGUACUUUGUUCCCGCGCGUCGAUCAAGACCCGCGUCCAAGUGGCAGGACUUGCAACAAGUACAAUCGAGCGUGUGAAAUAACGAGAUUAACGUCGUACAUUAUUUUGCUACGAGUCAACGUUCGUCUCCUUUAGCGGGGCUACAAAUAGGGCUUUUAUCGCGUGCCUCGAGAUCAUCGAGAGGUGACGGGAAUCCUCGAGGUUUCAUUGACGUAAGGAGCGGUUAAUUUUAUCCUGCAGCGUAGCUUUGUAAUUCUUUUUUUUAUUGGAUCUUAUUCGAUGCCGUAAGUGGAGAUGACGACAGUAAACGUAAGAGGAGCUUAAUUCAUAGUGUACUCGAAAAUUUUACCCUGGAGAGAGCUUCGAAAAUAUUGCAAGAAGGGAACAAAAAUCGUGUUUUAUACGAAGAGCUUUGUACGUAGAUAUGAAAAUGAAUUAUCAGAGGCGAACGUGGGCGAAAAAUAAGAGAGGGGGAGAAAAUUCCCGUUGCCUCUGCGGAUUCUCGAGAACAAAAGGCAAACAGAGAACAGCGGACAGAGAUUUUAGCUAGAUUGAGGUAAUAUAGAAGGGAGAUAAUGUAACAACGGACCUAUCAUAAAAGACAGUGUGUGCGCUUACUAACUCACCGGGGUGACUUGCGAGGAAAUAAAAGAAAUAAGCAAGUUAUCCCGAUAUUGUAACGGCUAGCUUAAUUUUAUUUAAGUAAAAUGAAAAAAGUAAGGAACUAACUCUCGAUGAUAUAUAUAUCGCGAAGAUGAUAACAGAAACGGAUUUGGGAUAAAUGGAAAACUUUAAAAGACAGUCCCAAGAAAAACGAGAGAUAGAAAGCGAAGAAAGACAUCGGUCUGUAAAUCAAGCGAGCGCUUUUGUAUGUAUAUAUUAUAUAUAUAUAUAUAAAUAUAUAUUGUAUAUUGUAUACGCACAUUGUACCGUAAUCCGAGCGACAUUAUUAUCUGUAUCCGUAGUCAGCGGAAACGUUAGAGCUAGAAAACUUUUUUCUUGUAUAAUGAACGAAUAAAAUGCAAAAAUAUCGUUCGGUA